AUGGCCGCUGUCGCUCAUCCUCCUCCUAUCCCAGGUCCUACCGGUCCCACAACGCGUCCCAACAGCGGUGCAAGUGUAACCAGCAACCCUCGUCGAGACGUCCCUCCUGUAAUCAAGGACGAACCUCUCGUCUCGACUCGAAAGCACAAAGAGAAUGGUGAUGUCUUCCUUACACCACGUCCCUCAUAUGACGCAUUACCUCGUUCUCCUAAAACUCCCGGUGCGGCAUUACCAAAACUUCCACUUCCUCGACGAUUCACCUCCCGACCUUCGCCACUGAAUCCAUCUGCUUCUCCUGAAUUACGUCCACGAACACACGAACGACCCACCUCCCGACCUUCGCCACUGAAUCCAUCUGCUUCUCCUGAAUUACGUCCACGAACACACGAACGACCCAUGAAAUCAGGCCAAUCACCCGCCCAACGAAAAUUGUCACUGGGAGCAGCGGCGCAAUCUCCCGAGGGAAAUCCUGACGGUCCUCAACGACCUCCUAUCCGACCAGUCGUGGGGCAAAAAUCCUCUCGGUUUGAUCUGGAACCGAAUCCUUUUGAACAGUCUUUUUCCAACCCACCGAAUAAAGACGCACGUGACGGUACUCCUCCCAGAGGAGGUGAAGCUACAAGCCUCAAGCAUAACGCUCUUCCACCUUUAGCUUCUCUUACCUCUCCAGCAGCUGCAGAUCCUCUGCAAUUCCCCUGGUUGGCAAAUCAGUCACUUCGAACCGGUCCUUUGAGUCCUGCCAUGCUCGCCGGUCCUCAGCCGUCCAGCGGGAACGACGUACCUCCUCAUCAUUCUUCUAAUUUACGCGAGGGCAAUGGUGGGAAUCCAGAACCAUUCGAUACUCCUUUCAGAACCGGGUUUACCCCUGGUACAGGUAGUGGUUUUACUCCUGGUUAUACCUCCCUCAUGGCUGGUAAUUUCGCAUCUUCUCUUCCAAUGCCAAGUCCCAAUACCGCGGCAUUCCUCAACAUGGUUACGAACGGUACUCCCAUCGAGGGUCACGCAGGAGGACAAGAAUCAAGCACCACGUCGGAUUCGCAGUCACAUUCGCAUGAUCAACCACCUUCUGCCAUUCCUCCACAUAUGCAGCCAUCAGGUCAUCCUCACGGAUUGGCACAUAUCAACGCAAACCCCAAUAUGUCGCAGGAGACCAUCACCCCAAACACUUUAUCAGCUCUUACAGGUGUGUUUAACGAUAUGAAUCGUUCCAAUGCCCCUCCCUUCUAUCCUCCGGCCGUGAUGGGUCCUCCUGGACCUCCAGUCGCUCCUAUUCAUCCUCAUGCACACCCACACCCGCCAGUGGAUUACGCACAGCAGUCUGCAAACGCCGCUUCGCAAGCUGCCAACGGACUCUUUUUGUUGUCCCAAGCGCACCAGGAGUUGUCCAAGAGAGAAGAAGAAGGUAGGGGGGAUAGAAGAACCUCUGUGGGUUCUACAACUAAGAUGACGGGAACGAAAAGGAAGAGCGAUACGGGUGUUGGAGGGCAGAAAGGUGCAAAGAGAGGAAAGAAAAUGUCGGAACCUCUGAACAAAGAAGAAAGUACAAGUCCGACGUUUAGUUUCAGUGAGGAUGAUGAGAGAAAACCAGAUGGACGUCCGGAGACGGAAGAAGAGAAGAGGAAAAACUUUUUGGAGAGGAACAGACAGGCCGCCCUCAAAUGUCGUCAAAGGAAGAAAGCGUGGCUUCACGAACUUCAAAUCAAAUGCGAAGCCCUAACUGUGGAUAACGAACGACUGCAACAGACUAUCGCAGGGUUACAUGACGAAGUGUCUAGGUUGGGAAAUAUGUUGAUGCAACAUAGGGAUUGUGGUUUAGGGAUUCCGACGGGGUAUGGGAGGAUGGGGAGGUGA